CCUCCCAAUCAUGGAAAUGGUUAGCAUCCUUAAUGUUAGCAUUAGCCAGGCUAGCUUUCACCGAGCUGUCAAAACUAUUUUCCCCGCCAACUUGCUCAUCGUUAUUUAUGUUGUUAUUAAAACGAUACACUCGAGCCGUCGUUACUUUUAUUCCCGCCCCUGUCGAAUAGCCGUUUUAGCUUUUAGAUACGAAUGUCGCUAACCGGCCUCUAGAAUGAGUUCGAUGCGGGGAGUCAGGUGACUCACAGCGGACACUUCAUUAGUCGACAGUGUGCGCCAAGAUCAUGGAGCUGCUGGGCCAGAACAAAGUGGACCACCGCCAGAGGAAGGUGGCCAUCAUCAGCCAGGACUGCUUCUACAGAGUCCUCACUGCAGAACAGAAAGCCAAAGCGCUCAAGGGACAGUACAACUUUGACCACCCAGAAGCCUUUGACAACGACUUGAUGUACAAAACACUGAAGGACAUCGUGGAGGGGAGGGUGGUCCAAGUGCCAACCUAUGACUUUGUCACCCAUUCCAGGCUAGAGGAGAGGAUCACCGUUUACCCAGCAGACGUGGUGCUCUUUGAGGGCAUCCUCGUCUUCUACUCGCAGAAAGUGCGUGACAUGUUCCACAUGAAGCUCUUCGUGGACACGGACUCCGACGUCAGGCUGUCUCGCCGAGUUCUGCGAGACAUGAAUCGAGGGAGAGACCUGGAGCAGAUCCUCUCUCAGUACACAACGUUUGUCAAGCCGGCCUUUGAGGAGUUCUGCUUGCCUACUAAAAAGUAUGCUGACGUCAUCAUUCCGAGAGGUGUUGACAACAUGGUGGCCAUCAACCUCAUCGUGCAACACAUCCAGGAUAUUCUGAAUGGCGACCUGUGUAAGUGGCAGCGUGGUUCCAUCAACGCCCAGGGGCGGAGCUUGAAGCGGUCCAUCUCGGAGCAGUGCGAGCUGCAGAACGGCACCGCCAUCCCAUCAGGGAAGAGGGCCCUGCUGGAGCCGAGUAGUCGGCCCCACUAACGUCUCAGCUCGUCAAGUAUUUUACAGCUGGAAGUUGUUACAUAUGCCGAGUGUUCCUGGUAUGGUUCUCACAUGCAUCCAUGUUGUUUUGUUUUUUUACUAUGACCGAUCAUAGAAAGCUUUUACACUGCAAGUUAUUUUUAAAUGUUUGUUGUCUUACCAAUUAAUAUAUUUAAAUGAUAUUAAAUGACACGAUAAAUGCAGUGUGCCUUUUUUACUGUCAUGAUUAUUUAAAUGCCUUAACCUAUUAACCUCCCAUGGAUCAAUUCAAGGAAUGUUUUUAGCACCACAACAUGAUAAUAAAUGUAUAGAAACA